ACUGCUAAACAGUGUGUUUGACUAUUAGGUUAUUAUUUUUGGCGCUCAAUAUAUGCCUGUCUUUUGUCUCCUCACACAUACAUACAGUCAUACCGACAGUAUUUGAGUGACUCAUCCCAUAGUUAGUUGUCUAUCUGUCUGUCUGUUUGGUGACACUUCUUCUGAUAACGACUAUCACUGCAGAUAUUAUCGCUGACACAACAACAGUAAUUGGUUGGACACCAAGUUUUGUUUAUCUGUUUAUCUGAUCCAUACCUACCCAUAGUUGUUGUCGACAAACACACACAAAGUCUUUGCGAAAAACAAAACAAUGUCUGAAACUGCCGAUAACCUCCUAAGCCCGAGCCAGAGCAAGGGUGGCCUCAAGUAUGAGUUGAUUUUGGAAAAGCCAUCGAACGAAACGCCACCGAAAGUGGUGGGUCGACCACUGGAUCAGCCGAAACAAUUGUCUGCCGAAGUGAUUGAGGCCAAACUGAAGGAAGCCGAAGAACGGCGCAAAUCGUUCGAAGCCCAGAAGAUUCUUCAGGCAAAAGAACGGUUCAGUCAUGUUUCGGAACUGAAGGACAAGCGAUCGGAAAUCGAAGAACAAAAGAUCGAAUUGACUCGUCAGUCGUUGGAGAAGAAGAUGGAAGCGUCUAAAGAGAAUCGCGAGACACACAUCAAAGCCAUUCAGGAAAAACAGAAGGAACACGGCGAAAAAGUGGCAGAAGUUGUUAAACGCAAGUCGGAAGUGGUUCCCGAUUCUGGAAAUGCCGUCCAAUAAAUUUGAAGAGAGAAACAACAAUUGCAUUACAUUUUACAUAAAUAUAUUACUAUUUCACGUCAUUAUAUUAUAAUUUUUUUAUAUAAAAUUCAGAUAUUUUAAUCUAACGAUUACUUAAUUUUUUGCUGCCUUUUUUGUGAUACAUUUUUUUUAAUUAUUAAUAAUAAUUAAUCAAUUAUUUCUUUAUGCACUUAAUAUU